GGCUCAGCCCCUCUGUCAAGAGCAACCAACUGGGCUGGCAGAGCAACACACUCCAUGGGCCAGGCGUUGGGAAACUCCUCACAAACAGGGAGCCUGCACUGGCCAGUCUACUCCUAAAUUACUCAGCAGAAGGAACACACUGAAGAGAAGGUCCUCAGGUCUGGAUGGACUCUACUGUAUGUGCCCACCAAAUAUCUGAUUGGCUUUCAGCACUUUAAGAAGUAGGGGGGCGCCCUGGUACAUGUGUGACAAGCAGAAUCCCAGCGACUUCACUUCUGUCCAGUGGUGGGAUCUGCCCAAGGAAGGAGUCCAUGACUGCACCUCCAGGAUGAGGCACGCUAUGGUUCAAGCCCUCUGGCUAUGCUGACAGCAACCUGCAAUAAAUUUGGAGGCUCCAGUCCAGUGAGGGAUUCAGCAACUCCCAGCAAAACAGGAAACGGCAACUCUGUGAAGAAAGUCUACGGCCUGAGCUCCGAGCUCCAGACACCCAAAAGCAGCAGGAGUCCAGAGGGAAUGGGGGACCCGUAUCCUGGAUCGUUCGCCGGAGGAAAUGGACUCAUGACCCAAUCUGGAAGCCCACAGGCUUCCACCACCUAUGGUGCUGACUAUAACCCCUUCCCGCAUUCUUUCCCACCUUCGUCCACUUCUCAGGACCCCUCGCUCUUAGUGUCCAAGACCCAUGCCUCCGCAGACUGUCUGACGAGUGUCUACACCUCCUUAGACAUGCCUCACCCAUACGGUUCUUGGUAUAAAGCUAGCAUCCAUCCUGGCAUCUCUGCGGCUUCUACAAAUCCAACAUCGUCCUGGUGGGACGUUCAUUCCAACACCAACUGGCUGAGUGCUGCGCAGACACAGCCUGACAGCCUACAAGCUUCUCUGCAGCCCGUGCCCCCUCAGGCUUCUCUGAGCCCCCAGCUGCCUAGUUACAGCUCUGAGUUCACCUCCUUGAGUCCAACUCCUUAUUCCACAGUAGGACUUGGCUCUUCCUCCCAUCUGCUUCCCUCCAGCCAACACAUGCUAACCCAGGAUAUGUACAAGCCCAAGCCAGUUGCCAACAGCCCACUGAUGGAAAGCCCAAUUGGUCUGAAACCAUCGAGAAGUUCUGGCUAUGGGGGGUCCACGCCCGGCCGCUCAUCUUGUGAUUGCCCCAACUGCCAGGAACUAGAGAGGCUGGGAGCUUCAGCCGCUAGUCUCAGAAAGAAGCCUGUCCACAGCUGCCAUAUUCCAGGCUGUGGGAAGGUUUACGGCAAGGCGUCCCACCUGAAAGCCCACCUGCGCUGGCACACGGGGGAAAGGCCCUUCGUGUGCAACUGGCUCUUCUGCGGCAAGCGUUUCACACGCUCGGACGAGCUGGAGAGACACGUGCGCACGCACACCCGAGAGAAGAAGUUCACCUGCCUGCUGUGCAACAAGCGCUUCACGCGCAGUGACCACCUGAGCAAGCACCAGAAGACACACGCCGAGGGGGUGGUGCCAGGAAAGCCGGGAACUGAAGGGGUGGACGGGGAACGGGAGGGCACUCCAGAAACGAGCCCCCCAGCUGGUAACGGGAUAUCCGACGCCACGGCCAACGAUGAAGAGAAGGCGACAAACGCCACCAGCCCGGAGCACGCCGGAGGGCUUCUGGAGAUCUGAUUGCCAAGAAGAAGGACUGUUGGAAGAAAUGGGGAGGGGCGGGGUGGAUGGGUGGGCGUGGUUUGUGUGCUAGGAUUGACAGGACCGUAAUAUUUGGACAAAUAACGGAGCCAAAGACAA